GCCUACUUCCGGGUUCUGUCACAAGAUUUUGUUUUGUGUCUGUUUUUACUAAUAAAAUUCUUAGAACUGUGAUAAAACAUUUAGCCAGUAUGGGGAAUAAAUCUUCUAUGCAGCUUCAACAAGAAGAAAUUGAUGAAAUUCAAAAGGAAACAGGAUUUUCCCACAACCAGAUUGUUCGCCUCUUCAGCAGAUUCACAAGUCUAGACAAGAAUAACAACGGCUUCCUCAGUCGAGAAGACUUCCUGAGAAUUCCUGAGCUCGCUAUUAAUCCUCUGGGUGACAGAAUCGUGCACUCUUUCUUCUUAGAGAGCAAUGAAGAGACCGUAAACUUCAAGCAGUUUAUGAGCGUACUGGCCAGAUUCAGACCCACUAAGUCUAAUGAAAGCAAGAAUAAACUCAACACAAGGGAAGAAAAACUCAAAUUUGCUUUCAAAAUGUAUGACUUGGACAGUGAUGAGAAGAUCUCCCGAGACGAAUUGUUGGCCGUGUUACACAUGAUGGUCGGAGACAAUAUCUCAGAAGACCAGCUGAACAGCAUUGCUGAUAGAACUAUCACGGAGGCUGAUGAAGAUGGAGACAGCAUGAUCUCAUUUGUGGAGUUUAAAAAGGUUAUGGAGAGAGUGGACGUUGAGCAGAAGAUGAGUAUUCGAUUCCUGAACUAGACACCACAAAACACUGCAGCAUCAAUCCAGUUCCUGAACAAGACACUUCAAAACACUGCAGCAUGAAUCCAUUUUCUCAACAAGAGACCACAAAACACUGCAACAUGCUAAACAUUCUUAGAGUGACUCUUUUUAGCUCACCUGUCACGUAGUGACAAGGUGAGCUUUUGUGAUCACUCUUCGUCCGUCGUCCGUCCGUCCGUCCGUCCGUCCGUCCGUCCGUCCGUCCGUCCGUCCGUCCGUUCACAAUUGCUUGUGAACACAAUAGAGGUCACAAUUUUGACCUAAUCUUUAUGAAACUUGGUCAGACUGAUCAUCUCUAUAAAAUCUAGGUCAAGUUCGAUAUUGGGUCAUCUGGGGUCAAAAACUAGGUCACUAGGUCAAUUAGUAGAAAAACCUUGUGAACACAAUAGAGGUCACAAUUUUAGCCUAAUCUCAAUGCAACUUGGUCAGAAUGGUCAUCUCUAUAAAAUCUAGGUCAAGUACGAUAUUGGGUCAUCCGCGGUCAAUAAUUAGGUCACUAGGUCAAUUAGUAGAAAAACCUUGUGAACACAAUAGAGGUCACAAUUUUAGCCUAAUCUCAAUGCAACUUGGUCAGAAUGAUCAUCUCUAUAAAAUCUAGGUCAAGUUCGAUAUUGGGUCAUCCGCGGUCAACAACUAGGUCACUAGGUCAAUUAGUACAAAAACCUUGUGAACACAAUAGAGGUCACAAUUUUAGCCUCAUCUCAAUGCAACUUGGUCAGAAUAAUCAUCUCUAUAAAAUCUAGGUCAAGUUCGAUAUUGGGUCAUCCGCAGUCAAUAACUAGGUCACUAGGUCAAUUAUUAGAAAAACCUUGUGAACACAACAGAGGUCACAAUUUUGACCUAAUCUUUAUGAAACUUGGUCAGACUGAUCAUCUCUAUGAAAUCUAGGUCAAGUUCGAUAUUGGGUCAUCUGGGGUCAAAAACUAGGUCAGUAGGUCAAUUAGUAGAAAUACCUUGUGAACACAUUAGAGGUCACAAUUUUAGCCUAAUCUCAAUGCAACUUGGUCAGAAUGAUCAUCUCUAUAAAAUCUAGGUCAAGUUCGAUAUUGGGUCAUCCGCGGUCAAUAACUAGGUCACUAGGUCAAUUAGUAGAAAAACCUUGUGAACACAAUAGAGGUCACAAUUUUAGCCUAAUCUCAAUGCAAAUUGGUCAGAAUGAUCAUUGCUGUAAAAUGUAGGCCAAAUUUGAUAUUGGGUCAUUCACGGUCAAUAACUAGGUCACUAGGUCAAUUAGUACAAAAACCUUGUGAACACAAUAGAGGUCACAAUUUUAGCCUAAUCUCAAUGCAACUUGGUCAGAAUGAUCAUCUCUAUAAAAUCUAGGUCAAGUUCGAUAUUGGGUCAUCCGCGGUCAAUAACUAGGUCACUAGGUCAAUUAGUAGAAAAACCUUGUGAACACAAUAGAGGUCACAAUUUUAGCCUAAUCUCAAUGCAACUUGGUCAGAAUGAUCAUCGCUAUAAAAUGUAGGUCAAGUUUGAUAUUGGGUCAUUCACGGUCAAUAACUAGGUCACUAGGUCAAUUAGUACAAAAACCUUGUGAACACAAUAGAGGUCACAAUUUUAGCCUAAUCUCAAUGCAACUUGGUCAGAAUGAUCAUCUCUAUAAAAUCUAGGUCAAGUUCGAUAUUGGGUCAUCUGCGGUCAAUAACUAGGUCACUAGGUCAAUUAGUACAAAAACCUUGUGAACACAAUAGAGGUCACAAUUUUAGGCUAAUCUUAAUGCAACUUGGUCAGAAUGAUUAUCUCUAUAAAAUCUGGGUCAAGUUCGAUAUUGGGUCAUACGCAGUCAAUAACUAGGUCACUAGGUCAAUUAUUAGAAAAACCUUGUGAACAAAAUAGAGGUCACAAUUUUAGCCUUAUCUUAAUGAAACUUGGUCAGUUAUUGACCGUGAAUGACCCAAUAUUGAACUUGACCUAUAUUUUUCUAGAGAUGAUCAUUCUGACCAAGUUGAAUUGAGUUAAGCCUAAAAUUGUGACCUCUAUUGUGUUCACAAGGUUUUUCUACUAAUUGACUGGCCUCUAGGGGCCAUACUUUUCAUUGGAUCUUUAUGAUAAUAGGUCAGAAUGUUCACUUUAUUUAGCAAAGCUACAGGUGAGCGAUACAGGGCCAUCAUGGCCCUCUUGUUGAACGUGUGAUCAUCUAGUUUGUAUGAACAGAAUUCAUGGCAAACUACAUGUACAUAAAAGUUUCAGUAAAGCUUAUGUCGAAUGCAUUUAACUAUCCUGUCACAAAACUUAAUAUGUGUUAUUAUUGUUAAGGUACUAAUUAUUCAUUCACUCAGCACUAACUAUUUAUUAUUAUAUUUAAACAGGAAUUAGGCUAUUUAUAUAUUAUGAUGUAUUAUAUUUAUGAAACACACACUUCUACAUGUAAUGCUUUUAGCACGCCAUGACUUGACCUGUGUCAUAAUACUAACAGCAGCUGGUUUGCUUUAAUCUGAUGGUUAUCUUUUAACUUUUAUUGGGGUGUUUUGGGUAUGUGUGAAUGACAAACCAAGUUUGUAAAUUACAAUUUUUAUUGACUGAGCGGUUUUGGAUUGAAAAUAUAAGAAAAUGAACAAAUUUCGGACCAAAUUUUUUAACCGUUUUUCUGUUACUGAAAUUAGUCUGACGUAGUCAAAAUUGGUCCAGACCAGCAAAUUGUCAGUUUUUAGAAGCCCUGCAUAUUAGUAUACAAUCUAAUAUCAUAAAGGAUUUUCAUUUGAUUGCUAGUGCUGUAAAUAAAGUAUGUAUAUUUUUCACUAAAAAUUAAUCUUUUUUUAAGAAUUUUGAGUGGGAAAAAAGCAAUAAAAGCUGUAACCUUACAGUUUAAUUAAAUGUUGUUGCUUUUUUGAAAAUUAAAAAAGUUACCUGUUGUUUCAAAAUAGUCUGUUUCAAAAGAAACAGCGUGAUUUAAGAAAUAAAUUGGAGUUAAUGUUUAAUUACUCAAAGACAUGGCACUUCCAAACAGAUAGAACUGGUAGUUUUCUUUACUUUAAAUAUAUGCAAAGGUUUAAGAAUCCACUUUUCUCCCACCUCAGAUAAGUAGAUCCAUUAAUUUAACCAUGCUAGAAAUUCUUAUCUUGCCCACGGGCGAAGAUAAAAUGCCCAUAUGGAACUUCUUUUUAUGGUCACCACAUUGUAAUUACCUCCCUUGUUGAAGACUGUCGUCUGUAGCGCAUCAUGGAAACCUUGUCUUGUGGCAAUAUUUAGAACGCUAGUUAAUCAUUUCUCGCUUCAAAUGACAACCACGAAUUAUCGCAUAUCCGUACGCAAUUGUUUUCUCUAAGCACAAAAGAGUUCCAGCAAAAAAAUACAUUUUUACUUAAUUUUGUUUAAAUGAGGUGGGAGAAAAAGCAUCUACCAUAGCCGCUCGUGUAAGAUAGGUUCAUCCCGACCCUCGUGCAGGGUGUUUUGCGGAAACUCGGUAAACCUCGUUUCUGCAAAACACCCUACUCUCGGCCAUGGAAGAUACUUAUAAUCUUGAUAGCAAUUAUAUUGGAUAGGAAAUAACAUGACCUACUUGCAUAUACAAUAUAUUAGCAAUAUAUACAGCAAAUAUGACAUAUGUUAUCAUUACAAUACAUAUGAGCAUUUAAAUAUAAGUACAUGUUUGUUUAUUUCUUUUGAUGUACUUUUGAAAAUAUGUUUCCUUGAUUAAACGGGUAUAGUUAGUUUUGUUGUAUGUUAUGUGUAAAAGAUCUAGUAUUUUUGUCAUGUUUAUAAGGGGCCGAUUGCUCCGAACUUUGUUAGAGUUAACAAUGUGAUUAACAACAUCGUUGUUAACUUUUAAAGGAAAAUAUUUACGAUGUGCUAAAAUAUUUAAAUAUGAACAAUUACAGCUGAAACAGUUGUCUGAAAUCUUGUUAAAAAUACAGUAGAUCACAAAUGGAUCCAUUAAAUUUUCAGAGCAGGAAUUAUUUGAAAGUUAACAAAAAUGGGGUUAACAAUGUUGUGAGCUUUAACAUAGAUCAGACUAUCGGCCAAAUGUGUAUUAUAUUAGGAGGUACAUGUACUCCUUAAAGUUUUACUUGUAUUUGAAACUUCAUUCGGAACUUCUCCACCAUUUUAAUCGAAAACAACCUCGGACGUAUUCCGGUACAUUAGUAGAAGUAGUUUGUAAAAUUUUGAAUUAUGUCAUUAACUAAAUGUGGUGUUUUUACGUGCAUUUGUAUUAUCUAAGUUUAAAUUGAUUGCCAGUGAAAUGUAUUAUUGCAAACAUAAUUAAGAUUUCCAAGAGUCAAGUCAUUAAGUUUAACUGCUAAAUUAAAUUACUACACAAUCUACUUGCAGGUGACUUAAAAAGACCUUAUUUCUGACAUUGUAAACCGUCCAUAUUCAUCCAAGGUUGUUUUUUAUAAAAAUUGCCGAGGAGUUACAAAUGUUUGAAACUUGAUUCUAAUACGGCCAUAUUGCAGGAUCUCUGAAACAAAAACAAAUAUUUAGAAAAUUAUUGUUAUGAAUAGGUUAAUUAAAAUAUAGAAAAUGGUUUAAAACACUUGGUUAUGAAAAAUAUUAUAUUAUUAUAAAUAUACAGAUGAAGGUUUUUAUUUCAUCAAGGGAAAUAUAUAGGUCAAAUAGAUUAUACAAGUUCUUACACUCAUAAUGCAUAUUGAUGUCAGCAAGUAAUAUUAUAUGAAAUCCAACUGUCACUGAUUUACUCAGAAUUUAUUAUUUACAUGUGUUUGUGAUGGAAACCGUCUGCCAUUUUUUGGCAUACAUGUAACAUUGACAGGCUUUAUAUUUUGCGAAAAAAAUCAUAUUCUUUUUAGAUCUCAACUUUUCUUGACAAGGAGUUUACAUCGUAUUCCAUUCCAUUGAGAAUGAGGUUGGCUUUGUUUAAAAAAAGGUGCUUUUUAUCAUUUAUAAUUUAUAUGCUAAACCAGUUAAUGUUUACCCAGUUUUGAUAAGCUUUUUUAUUCAUGACACAUUUAAUUCUGUCACCAGAAAAGCAUGGCAGACACUUAAGUUUAAAUUUGUCCAUUGUUGUCAUUGUAGCAGGGGUUCUAAAGUUCCGGAUUAAUCCUGAAAUCCAUCGUUGGAUACCCCCGAUACACACUACGCUAUGCUUCGUUGUGUACCAUUGGCAAUUUGGCUAGGAAAAUCUCAUAAUCAUGAAUAAUUAAUGAGGCAGUUUCAUUGGUUCCACAAAGUACCAGAUGCUUUACGAUAGAAAAAUAUUCUGGCGAAUGCCGGAGUUGAACCGGGUCCGCCUUCUCGGUACAAUAAUACUUGGCAGCAGUCAUGACCAGACGGCCACGGAGACUACUGAAACUGUAAAGUUAUUGAACAAUAUUUGAGUGUAACAUGCAAAUUCAUUUGAAGAAGAGUUGUCUCUCCUGCCUCAUGCAUAUUCAUUAAAACGAGAGUAUUAGUCAAUUGUCCCACGGUAUGUAUGAAGUGUAAUGGAAGAAAGUAACCGUGGUUGCCAACAAUGCCUGAAAUCAGGAUUAAAAACUUCUGAUAAUUGUACAGUUGUAAAAAUUGUUGUCCAACAUUUGCAUUAAAAGCAGUAUGUAAUACCUUGAAAUGAAUAAAGAUGACUUUGGAAACAAUUUCUAAAAGGUGUCUAAGCCCCUUUACCCUCAGUUGGGCAUGACUCCCUUUAUACUCAAAACAGACCCCAGGCUGUUUUUUUUUCAGGAUUGACAUUUAACACUGUUAGAACCCCUGUUGUAGACCACAUUGUCAGUGUCACACUUUAUAUACGCAGUACUUUUUGAACAACUUGGUAUAGAGCCUUCAAUCUUGCGUUGUACUGUGGUCAUUAUGUCAUUAGUUCACCCCUAUUGGUUUUUGGGGUCAAAGGUCAUUGUUGCCUAAAAAAAUGAGCACAUGUUUCCGAUGAAUAUUUUUGAACAACUUGGUUUAAAAUUUUCAAACUUGGUAUUGGCCAUUUGCUAUGGUCAGUAGGUGACCCCUAUUUAUUUAAAGGUCAAAGGUCAAGGACAUGGUCUUAAUAGAAAUAUUAUUGGUUUUCUAGGCAGGCAACAUAUCUGAUGCACGGAAAUCAAGUUUAUUUUUGUGAUAGCAAUUGAUGAACUCUUUUAAAUUGUAAAUGAGCACUUUAUCAAUUGUCUUGUUGAAAAAUGUUUGCAAAAUAAAAUUUGGUGAAGUGAAA